AUGGCUCUUGCUGCCGACUUUUUGGAAUUAGUGAGUGACUACAAAGCUGAUUUGUUUGCUCUUUCUGAAAGCUGGUUGACAGCCAAUGACACCGCCGCGAAACUAGAGAUUAUUCCUUCUGGCUACAAGCUUAUGAAUCAUCCUCCUUGCACCAAAUCCUUUGUUAGUGAAUUCACGUCGUAUUUGGAAUCUAUUAUUUUAUCCACGGAACCAAUCCUGAUCGUUGGCGCUUUUAAUCUUCACGUUGACGUAGCUGGUGAUGCAGUCGCUGGCGAUUUUCUGGAUAUUCUGGAAUCCAUGGACCUCGAACAACACGUAGCUGGACCUACUCACAACCCCGUCAUACUUUGGAUCUGA